AUGAGCACCCCGGAGGCGAGAGGAGCAGCGAAGUGCGAAGAGGCCAACAUGGAGAAAGAAGCCCACAAGAAGACGCGCCAAUGCCAGAACUCGGCCGCGCUCGGACUGGUGUCAUCGCUGUUUUCCGUGGCGUCCGUCGCCUUUUGCGUCUUUCUGAGCUUCAACACGGCCGAGAUCAGGAGCCGAGUAGUGGAUUUGGAGAGCGGGAAAGGCGAGCACACCUUUGGUCAUUCCGUGGAGGAUUUAAACUCGUUAAUUCAGCAAAAAGUGGAUGAGGUACUAUCUCAGCGCACCUAUGAGAAUUACGUGAGGACUCGCACCGCCAGGCAGGCGUCACCAGAAUGCAACUGUCCACCAGGCAGUGACAAAGAGCAGAGCCGGUCUGCGGUGGGACGUCCCGACAGCGCCAGGUGGCUAGGUCUGUGCGCCGCGAGAGGAGAGUGUUCCGCCCAGAUCAACACGAUAGUGGUGAAAGACGCCUCACUGAUCUUCACUGUUGAGCCCUAA